UUCUAUCUGCAAUCCAACAUGGCCAAAAAGAAAGAUAGUUUCAAACGCCGUCGAAUUAGCGGUGAUCUUGUCGAAAAGGCUGGAAGCCUGGAUGCAGGGCCUCAACAAAAAGUCGACGAAAAGGUUGUCACGGAGGAUAGUUCUUCAAGGAGAAAAGCUGAACUUCUCCAAGCCGAAAGUGAAGUACAUAGCGACGGUGAGGAUAUCGACGAUACUACCGUGCGGAAUGAUGGUCGGUAUCGAAACAAGCAGCGUUGUUUGACCCUUUGCUCUCGGGGUGUCACGGCACGCUACCGCCAUCUAUUGGAAGAUCUGCGCACGCUCAUGCCGCACCACAAGAAGGAGUCCAAACUUGAUCCAGGUGAGGACGGGGUUGGCCAGGCUGUCAGCGAUAUUUGCGAAAUGCGUUCCUGCAACACGACUAUGUUCUUGGAAUGUCGCAAAAGACAGGAUGCGUACAUGUGGCUGGGCCGCGUCGGUGGUCAGUCGCCCGGCCCGAGUGUGCGUUUUCAUGUCACAAACAUUCAUACGAUGGAUGAGCUGCGUUUGACGGGGAAUUGUAUGAAAGGAUCCCGGCCGAUUAUGACGUUUGAUGAGAGCUUUGGGCGUGUGGAUCACUUGAAGCUAUUAAAGGAACUCUUCAUUGACACAUUUGGUACCCCGCGGGGCCAUCCGAAGAGCAAGCCAUUUGUUGAUCGGGUGAUGGCGUUUUGCUAUGCGGACAACAGGAUCUGGGUGCGGAAUUAUCAAGUUAUUGAAGAACAGCCGUCAAACGCCAAGGAAGCUCAUCAAAUUAAGAAGAAUUCAGGAAGAGAAGAGGCUACUUCCAUGGUGGAAAUUGGCCCGCGUUUUGUUUUGAACCCGAUCCGCAUUUUUCGAGGAUCGUUCGGAGGUCAAACCUUGUUCCAGAAUCCUGAUUUUGUGUCACCUAACGAGAUCCGUUCCUUGGAACGAAAGAGCAAAGGAAGUCAAUAUGAUCAGCGGAAAAACUCGCAGAAGGAGCGACACGAGCGGAAAUCACAACUGGUUUUGCCGGAAGACCCGUUGAAAUCCGUUUUUCGGUGA